UCAGGGCUGCUAUGCACAUAAUAAUUAAAGUUUUCCACUCACGUAAACAGUAAUUGUACUUCGCACUUUUAAUGGCCGCAUCGCUUAGUACUGUGUGAUUAAAAAUAAAAGUUUUAAUUCGUGACAGUUAUAAUGUUAUUAACAAAGUGCUUGCUGAAUUUCAACUAGUUUUACAAUGCAAUUAAAUUUAAAGGGCGUUUAAGAAUAUUUGUUAAUUUGUAGGUUGCGUGUCAAAAAAAUACUAUUUAAUAAUAAAAAUCUCGAAAAAUAAGUAAACUUAAAUGUGUUGGGCUGUGAGAUCACACAUCAAAGGAACGAUGAUAAAGUGAAAGCAGCAUCUACAUCGGUUUAAUGUGGGGGGAUCUGAAAGCGGUAUCCGACGCUCUGUACAUGUUCUUCACCCAAACAACGUGCUGCAGUAAAGCAAUUGGUUUCUACUUUAACUUCAUGAAGAUAAAACGAAUCGUCGCUUCCAUGGACGACGUACUAUUCACGGCCAUGUCCAUCGAAGAUCAAGCCACCAUCUUUAGCCACUCGAGGACAGUAAAUAAGCUAUAUAAAGGUGUAUUGGGUUUCACGGGCUUUACUCUUGUGCAGUGGACAGUGUUAUCGCUGAUCGGUAGUGGAAGAACGCUACCCUUCAAUGAAAUGUGGGUACCGACUGAUAUAAGCAAAUCCCCAAACUAUGAGAUAACUUUUGUCGUUGAACUCUGGAUGAUGGUCAUAUCAGCCGCUUUAUUCAUGUCUGUAGACACAAUAACGGUGGCUACGAUGAUGUUCUCUUGUGCUCAACUCGACAUUAUUAUGAAAAAAACACAGCAGAUACAAGAAAUACCUUUAUCACCAGAUUUAUCAUCAAGAAACAGAUCGGAACUUCAUGAAAAGAAUAAUGGGAUUCUUAUUGACUGUAUCAAGCAGCACCAAGCUAUAGUAAGAUUUUCAGAAUUAUGCGAAGGCACUUUUCAAGUACAUUCGUUUUUUCAUCUAGGCGGUAUUGUGUUCAUGAUUUGUGUCAUAGGAUUUCGGAUGGCCGGGGAGUCACCAGUAAGCGCACAGUUCUGGGCAGCUCUCAGCUAUUUAGUUAUCAUUUUGGGCCAACUAUACCUUUACUGUUGGUGCGCUAAUGAGUUAACAACCAAAAGCGAACAAUUGCGAGACAAACUAUAUCUGACUCCCUGGUAUGAUCAAGAUGUGAAAUUCAAAAGGAAUCUAUGUAUCGCUAUGGAGUGCAUGGCUAAAGCACUCACCUUCAGAGCCGGAAGCUAUAUACCGUUAUCUAGAGCUAUGUUUGUGUCGAUUCUGCGCUCUUCGUAUUCUUACUUCGCGUUCCUGAAUCAAGCGAACGAGCAAUAACACGUUUCAGAUUAACAAAAAUCUGCAGAAUUAAAGACUAUAAAGAUAAAGAUAUAGAA